AUGGAAGCAGAAGGUAGCAUUCACAACGCCGCCAACAAGACAGACUACCGAGAAGAUCACAAACACGAAAUUGAACCCUAUCAGGAGCAAACAUCCAGCCGGUCAAGGUCAGGCGCACCUUCGACUCCCGCAUCUGACGAACCUGGUCCAACCCAAGACGGCCGUGGGGGCUGGCAGGGACGCCGAAAGUGA